UUCCAGUUCUCAUGGCAACUUCAUUCACCCACGCGUGGUGAAGGAAGCCCGCUUACCCACGACAGGGUCUCCGACUCCCAUUUCCCUUACCCUAGGGGAUGACAAGACCCAGCGCUUCUUCGAUCAGACGGUCACCGACCUCCCCUUCUUCCUCACUCUCAAGCCGACUGAGCGUUCCCCGGCGUCUCGUCGCCACCGCUCCUCUGCACAUUUCGAUGUGAUGGAGACGGGGUACGACUUCAUUCUCGGCACUUCAUGGUUUCCUCAGUUCCGCAGCACCGAGGCCGAUUGGGCGACCAACACUCUCGUUCUCAAAACGAAGUGUGGACAGACGUAUCGCGCACCUUUUAUAGGUACCACGGCGACACCACGCCCCAAUCCUCCUCCCCCGGAGCCUUCAGUGCCCACACCAUCUCCCUCUAUCACUGUCACCUCGCCUCGGCAGUUCGCUUACUUCAUUCGACAGGACUACGUCACCUUCUUUAUGGUGGACGUGACGGAUCUCUUACACUAUGAUCCACCUUGUCCUGACGCCGAGCUCCUCCCUCUGGAGCCAGAUCCUCCCUCUAUCUCCAUGGCUCCCAUCUCUACUUCCGUCCCUCCGCCGUCCGUCGAGUCCACCCCGUCGUCGCGCGCUGACGCUGACGCUGAGGAACUCGCACGAUAUACGGCUGACUUGGAGCCCGCAGUUCGUGACCUCAUCCGAGAGUACCACGACGUUUUCCCAUCGUCGUUCUCAUACGCCGGCGUCCCACCGAUGCGUGACGUCGAGCACUCCAUUCAGCUCGUGCCUGACUAUCGUGUUCACCACCAGGCACCCUACAGACUCUCGAUCCCCGAGGCCACCGAACUCAAGCGUCAGCUUGAGGAGCUCCUGAGACUGGGUUUCAUUAAGCCCAGCAACUCCCCGUGGGGUGCACCCGUCCUCUUUGCUCGCAAAGCGGAUGGAACUCUUCGUCUCUUCAUCGACUACCGCGGCCUCAACCGCUACACGGUUAAGAACAGCUACCCCAUGCCUCGUUCCGAUGAGCUGUUCGACCGCCUAGUUGGCAACCGCUUCUUUACGAAGAUUGAUCUUCGUAGCGGUUACCAUCAGAUCCGCGUCGCUGCAACCGACCAGCCGAAGACAGCGUUCCGAUCGCGAUUCGGCCACUACGAGUUCACAGUGAUGCCAUUCGGCCUCACGAAUACACACGCUACCUUCCAGAGGGCGAUGAACGACAUCUUCAGGGACAUCUUGGAGAAUGCGAACCACCUACCUUAUGGUUUGCUCCAGCCUCUUCCUAUCCCUGAGGGUCGUUGGCAGUCCAUCUCGAUGGACUUUAUCGGUCCUCUUCGACCUCCGACCCCCCGCGGUCAUGAUGCUAUUCUGGUCGUCGUCGACCGCUUCACGAAGCGUGCACGCUUUGUUCCGUGCCACUAUGCCAUGAGUGCACAUGAGGUCGCCAACAUCGUAUUUGACCGAGUCGUGCGUGACCACGGCUUGCCCCUAAACAUCAUAUCUGACCGUGACCCGCGCUUUACCAGCCGAUUCUGGCGACGGCUCCACGAGGUGUACGGCACUCAGCUUCGCUUCUCCUCGUCUUACCAUCCUGAGACUGAUGGUCAGACCGAGAUCAUGAACAGGACUCUCGGGGAUAUUCUCCGAAAGAUUGUUCGUGACGACCAGCAGUGGGAUCUCCAUCUUGCCCACGUGGAGAUAGCCUACAACCACGCCGUCUCGCCAGCCACAGGGAUGUCGCCUUACUAUUGCAACCUCGGCUAUCACCCGCGUGUUCCCGCGGACUUCCUUCGACCGUCUCAGAUGCACCCCGAGACGAGUUGUCCCGCGCUGGAUGAUUGGGUUGCACACAUGACGUCGAUUAUGAAGACCGCACAUGAGCACAUAGCCGCUUCCCAGACUCGCAUGGCAGCACGUGCGAACCGAUCGAGGAUGGAUCACCCAUUCAAGGUCGGUGAUGAUGUGCUUAUCGACGCCCGCCACUUACAGCUCGAAGCGGACACGCUUCGCAAGUUUCGGCGUCGCUUCUUUGGCCCAUGCCGCAUCCUCCAGGCCGUCGGUUCUGAUAUGGCAUCUAGCCCGGUCAGCUUUCGUUUGAAGCUGCCCGACUACCUACGCCAGGCUCGUGUGCAUGAUGUCUACCACGUCUCGUUACUGCGUCCUUACCGCAGACCGUCUGAGUGUUUCGCUGGACGACCAUACGAGCGCCCUUCACCCAUCAUGGUGGACGGCCACGAGGAGUUCCUCGUUUCAGACAUCAUUGGUCGCCGAGUCACCGACGACAACCCUCCCCACGUCGAGUAUCUCGUAUGUUGGAAGGGUUACCCUGAUGAGGAGGCUACCUGGGAGCCCCUCGAGCACUUGCAGCACGCUCGCAUGUUGGUGCGUGCCUAUGAUCAUGCUCGUUGUGCUAGGUUCACUGCUCCUCCUCAGCCCACUGACCCUCCUCCUUCUCCUCCGGCUGAGGAGACCGCUGAAGUCGAGCCUGCUCCAUCUGAGGCAGACCUUCAGCAGCAGCCGGAUGCCUCUGAGCGUCCAUAGCGCACUCGUCGUCGUCCUACUCGAUACGACGAUUGACUCUGACUUACCUUCCCACGUCUUUGACUUCUCAGUACUCCAUCCACAUCAGUUUUGCUACUUCAGCUCGUCGACGCUGCGGAUCUUCCUCGACGGCAUUCCGGACUUCUCAUCGUGGACGUCAUCGGCGGCUUCAUGGACUUCAUCACGAUCAGCUCUGCCUACUUCAGACGUCGYCACUCUCUUACCACUCUACCCUGUACAGUACCCUGCUUGUGUCGCAUGAUGGUCUCCCUUUAGCCGGGUUCCUCUUAGUUGGGCUCUCCCUUGGUAUAUGCAUAGGCAUCG